AUGUGCCAGACCAUUCCACUUAUACACGAAGCAAAGGGUGUCGGCGAUCAAGCAUGUACAACUAAACAGUGUUUUGGUUGUAAAUCAACCACUGUCCAAACUAAAAAUGUGUCUCCACCGCCACCACCACCGCCACCACCACCUCCACCACCACCGCCUGCGCCAUCAUCGCCGCCGCCGCCACCACUGCCGCCGCCAUUAUCGCCACCAUUGGCGGAAAUGUAUAGCCCCGUGGUAUUUCCGCGAAAUGCAACAUGGGAGUUUACCAGCGCCCAGCGUAUGCCAGCGCCGUGUUUUGAAUACUUGCCAAAGUAUCGCGCGCCGCGACCACGACCAUCGCCACCGCCAGUAACGCAUAAGAAAACGGAAACUUUAAAAUGUUUUAAAUGUUUUUUUCUUAAUUUUGCAGGAUAUAUUGGCGCGCCACUUCACAAUCCUUCGCCGACUACUGAGGCGUACAAUUCACCGGCAACUCAGACGCAUUAUCCGCCACCGGCUACUCAGGCGUACAAUCCGCCACCUGCUACUCAGACGUACUACCCACCGCCCGGUCUUCAGGCAUACAAUCCGCUAUCGGCUACUCAGACAUACUACCCGUCUCCCGCUCUUCAGGCAUACAAUCCGCCACCGGCUACUCAGACGUACUAUCAGCCGCCUGCUUCUCAAGCGUACUAUCCGCCGCCUGCUCCUCAAGCGUACUGUCCGCCGCCUGCUCCUCAAGCGUACUGUCCGCCGCCUGCUCCUCAAGCGUACAAUCCGCCGCCUGCUCCUCAAGCAUACAAUACACCGCCUGUUCCUCAAGCGUACAAUCCGCCGCCUGCUCCUCAAGCGCACAAUCCGCCGCUCGCUCCACAGGCGUACAAUCCACCAUCGGCUACUCAAACGUACAAUUCGCCACCCGCUCCUCAAGCGUACAAUCCGCCAUCGGCUACUCAAACGUACAAUCCGCCACCCGCUCCUCAAGCGUACAAUCCGCCACCGGCUACUCAAACGUACAAUCCACCACCCACUCCUCAGGCGUACAAUCCGUUACCGGCUACUCAGACGUACAAUCCACCACCCGCUCCUCAGGCGUACAAUCCGCCACCGGCUACUCAAACGUACAAUCCACCACCCGCUCCUCAGGCGUACAAUCCACCACCCGCUCCUCAGGCGUACAAUCCGUCACCGGCUACUCAGACGUACAAUCCACCACCCGCUCCUCAGGCGUACAAUCCGCCACCGGCUACUCAAACGUACAAUCCACCACCCGCUCCUCAGGCGUACAAUCCGUCACCGGCUACUCAAACAUACAAUCCACCACCCGCUCCUCAGGCGUAUAAUCCGCAACCGGUUCAAGCUGACGAACGGUUUUAAA